AUGAACAUGACUCAAGAUACGUCCCAGGUUGAGGCUAUCCUCUCCCAGCUUCAAACAGCUGGCGCAUCGUACAAAUCGAAGACCCCAGGAGCCCGCGAGAAGCUCAUGAGUCUUAGUUAUGAUCUAAUUUCAAGUUUAGAAUUGCCUAGCGAGGCGAUAAUGCGAAUGGGAUGGGCUGAACCAGCUAGAGCGGCCAAUUGCCGCACUGCAAUUGAUCUCAAGAUAUUCGAACACUUGAAACAAAGUGGCGAAGCUGGCAUUACUGCCAAGGAGCUCGCAGCAAAGUGUAGUGCAGACGAAGUCUUAAUUUGUAAACCAGGCCGUAUCAUCCCAUUCAGUGAGAAAAGUGAGAAUACGUACUCUGCUACAUCAUUAGCCGAAGCUCUUUCAGAGUCUAGAUAUAGGGAUGGCAUUCUAUUCCUCUACGAUGUUGCCGGCGUAUCGUUUCGCCACUUACCCGAGUAUCUCAAGAACACCGGCUAUACACUACCAAUAAGUGUAACAGAUGGACCAUUUCAAGCAGCACAUAAAACAGAGUUAUCAGCCUUCGCUUGGUUGGACAAAACUCCCCCCUACCUCCAGGCGUUCAAUAACUACAUGUCAGCUUACAGGUUCGGAAAGCCAUCAUGGGUUGACCCCGGAUUUUAUCCCGUGUCUGAUCGGCUCAUCGAGGGUUUCAACUCUGACUACAGCGAUGUUUUCCUCGUGGACGUUGGUGGGGGUAAGGGCCAUGACUUGCAUGAGUUGAAGGCGAAAUAUCCCCAAAUUCCCGGCAAGCUUAUCUUGCAGGAUCGGCCGGCAGUCAUCUCCACCAUUUCCGAUGACAGCUUUGAAGCGGUCUCCCACGAUUUCUUCACUGCCCAACCGAUCGAGCACGCCCGUGCGUAUUAUCUCCACUCUAUUCUUCAUAAUUGGGGAGACGAUGACUGCAUAAAGAUCUUACAGCAGUUAAAACCUGCUAUGAAGCCGGGUUACUCUAGAUUACUUCUCAACGAGAUCGUGGUGCCUCGCCAGAACCCCACGUGGCCGAUCACGUCCAUGGAUCAGCUAAUGUUUGUGCUUGCUGCUAUACAGGAGCGGACUGAAGCACACUUGACCGAGUUACUGAAGAAAGCAGGGUUCAAUAUUGUCAAGAUCUACAGCUAUGAAUCUGGUCAGGAGAGUUUGGUUGAAGCGGAGCUAGAUGUGACAACGCUAUGA